AUGUCUGUUGCGGAAAAUCCCGACAACGUAACCAUACCUAAGCCUGCAGACCAUGGGUUCAACCUUAUCACUCCCUUCAAGUACUUGGAUAAGCCGGAUUUGUCUAGAGCAGUAUUGCUUGUGCUAAAUCAGUCUCUAGUUGGCAUGAAUAUCCCACAAUUGUGGAGUAACACCAAGCUCCAUGUCUGUGCAGAUGGAGGAGCUAAUCAGUUGUAUGAAUUUUUCGAAGAAGAUGAGGCUGCAAGGUCUCAGCAUAUCCCUGAGUUCAUCGUUGGAGAUCUUGACUCCUUGACAGACGAGACUCGGCUGUACUACGAACUGAAGGGUUCGAUAGUUAUUCCGCAAUUGACCCAGUAUGCGACGGAUUUUGACAAAGCCUUGACGGUGAGUAGACUCUACUUCUAUUCUGAGGAAAUGAGAGCGAAAGUACAAGAUUACAAGAAUAUUGAUGAGCACGAUGGGUUGGCUCAAUUGGAGCUGGAAGUGCAAAAUCCUCAACCAGGCGCUGAGGAUAUAUUCGUGUAUGCUUUGGGGGGCAUUGGUGGUAGAUUUGACCAGACAAUUGCUUCCAUACACCAAUUGUACAAGAUUAGUGAGAAGUAUAAGUACAUUGAUCUAAUUUUCAUCACGAGUUCCGACACAGUCUUUUUAGUAGACAAAGGUAUAAACUAUAUAGAGUAUGAACUGAAGGGACUCUGGAACUCGAAGGAUGCUGUUCCAGUGUGUGGUCUCUUGCCAUUGGGGAGCACUAAGGUGAUAUUGAACACUAAGGGACUAAAGUAUGACGUUACAGACUGGGAGAGUGACAUGCUAGGAAACGUCAGCUCAAGUAAUGGGAUUUGUGGGGUCAAUGGGGUGAUAGUAGAAACGACAGAGGCCAUAGUCAUGAACAUAGUAGUUGAUCAUCAUACAGUUAAUUAG